UUAGUGAAAAACUCAUAGCUCUAAAAAAAGCUCGGUCUCGUAUGAACCCCGAAUCCUUCUUGCUAAUCACAGCGGCCACUGAUUCGCUGCGUGUUACACUGUCUGUUUGCCAAGUUGUUCCUGGCCACGCCAUGGUGUUGGUACUGCGCUUAUCAUUGGGUACCACCCCGGAUCUGCAAAGCUGAAUCUCCACUCCCAUAGUCAGUCAUGAUGACAUGCGAAAAACUAUUAGAUGCCUGCUAUUGUAUAUAAAGAGUAGGGUUAAGCUCAAUCGUCUGUAGCUGAUCUUCAUUCCGUAGAGUCUAUACUUGGAGCAACAAUCCAAUCCCUAAUAUUCUCCCCAUCAAGCUGUGUCGAUUCCUACAGAGGGGGCCAACCGAUCAGUCAUAGCAAGAUGAAGCUUCAAGCCUUUUAUGCUCUGGCAAACGCCCUAUCUAUUGCUCUUGCUGUUCCCGUGUCAUCAAACCAAGGCUGCUCCGCUCUACAAGCCCUCAUCAGCGAGCUCCAACAACAAAGUGAAGCGACCAAAGCGUGUUCAUCUCUUCUUCAACCAACAACUACCCAUGGUGAUACCACCAGCACCAGUAUAGUCAACGUAACAUCAACAAAAAUAAUCACAGUCACAUCUGGCUCGACAAGUACAGUAUUUACAUUCCUAUCCGGAAACCCUCCAGCAAGCACACCAAAACCACAGAGCACAGGCGGAGCCAACAACCAUAAACGAGGAGCUUCCAACACGUCCCCUACUACAUCAACGGCCGUCUCGUCAUGGAUUGCGGCCCAACCGUCUGCCAGUGUCUCGGGAAUAUGCUCAUGCCUUGGAAUUUCCGUCACAAUUGGAAACCCCGCAAAUCCCACCACUACCACCGUUACGCAGACUAGCACAGUCAUCCAAUCCACCACGGUAACACCUGCAGCAUCAACUAGCAGUGUUUGGCCAUGCGCCAGCCCGUUUCCGACCCAUAUACCUACAUCGCCCUACGGUAACGCGAGCCUCCCGGGCAACUUUUCCACAGAAAACAGCCUUUAUUAUCUUACCUCCACGAAGGAGGGAGCAUCAGCACAGGCUUGCUGCAAUGCGUGCUACUUUGACCUUCCGAAUUGCAUACAAGCUUAUUGGUACUCCUAUGAGGGAUGUGUGGUGUCACAAGCUACAAAUGCAUCCGUGUCUCAUUUCGGGUCUGGUCAUGACAUUAGCAGUGUUUGUCCGGCAGGUACUUUCAACGGUCUGACGUAUGCGAAUGACACAAAUCCAGCUUUUAGGAGUACUGGAAAUAUUGCCGGGCCUUGUGGGCAGGCAUAUACUAAUAGGUAGCCGUUUGGAGCGUUUGUUAAAUGGCAAAUUCCGGCUUGAUAAGGAAACUUAAUAUGAUUUGAAAUGAGCAAUGACUAAAUGUGCAAACAUGUAUGCCACUUUAUAGUGAAUGAACAUUGAAUACUUGAUUUGAUUCUCACUGCCAUAAUCAGUGUCUUCGUGACGUG